AUGAGAUCAAAAGGCAUUGUAGGCUGUGCGGCCAGCUUGCUUCUCGCGACGACGGUUUCAGCUGCACAAAUCACAACGCAUUUGUCCAAAAAUGCAAAGGAUCUCUUUGACUGGUCGAUUUAUGUCAACGACCUGCGCUGGGAUGAUUCUUACAAGUACAUCUGGUACUCCGACAAUGGGCCUUGGUCAACUCGCUUCACGGCCUGGUAUGUCGCUGGUCUUCUGUAUCGAAAUCAGGGGGAAGACCUUUCCAAUGCGAAGGCAGCCAUUGAGAACAUUCUAUCAUGCCAGAUGACCGAGAGCUACGAUUCGGCCUGGUACGGUACAUUCAAGCUCUCGCCAGACGAGCCAUACCCAACUCCGCAGUCGGAUCUAUAUUCUCCAAGCAUUUAUAAUACAUAUGAUCCCAAUUGGAGAGAAUUUAUCGGCACGCAGCUCGUCCAGAUUGUUGAAGAGUUUUCCGACAUGCUAGGGGACAGCCUCGUGUCGCGCAUCGAAGACAGCCUAGAAAUCGCUGCUGUUGGCUCUAUGCGCCGUAAUGGCUCGUUCCCGGAAGGCGACAACCUGACCCCAGCCUACUCCAACCCGGGUCUCAUGCGUGCCUGGUACGUUUCAUGGAUCGGUGAGCGCCGCAAUAACGAGACUUUCAUCGAUUAUGCCAACCAGCAAGGCGAUAUUCUUCUAGAUCUCUUCAAGUCCACUGGUUCGAACGUGCUGUCGGAGUACAACGCGCCUACAUACUAUGGAAUGGACAUUUGGGCACUUGCAGGCGCCAUCAAAUACGGCCCAAAGAAUGCUACAAUGACUCAAAACGCCCACAUCAUGCUGACUGAUCUCUGGGAAGAUAUCGCGGACCACUACAACCCUUAUCUUGCCCGAAUGGCGGGACCGUAUGACCGUGCCUAUACUCGUGAUAUGGUCACAAACUCUGCUGUUAUUGACUAUUUCUGGUGGGGACUGUACGGUUACGGCAACGGACCUCAGCCCAACAAACUCGAAGCAGAUCUGCUAUAUGAUAUUGCUCAAGGGGCGGCAUUGGCCCUGGUUGUCGAUGUUGUUGCCGACCACAUCUCAAAGGAAAACGCAACAUGGCUUGCAUCCCGUGAAGACUGGCAAGGAGACCGUAUGAUCACAAAGAGUAUCCCGGAUGCCCUCAGCGAUGACGCAGAGGUUCGUAUCGCAACUACUUGGAUCAGCUCUCCUCUCAUGAUUGGCGCCGAACAAGUCAACGAGACCGUCAACCGUGGAGUACAAUACGUUCCGGCCAUCGUUCAGUGGGCAGGAGACAGAGACCACACUCCACAACCGUAUAUGACAUUCUUUAGUCUCUACCCUACUGCAUCUACCAUAAAGGCCGUUGCAGGUCCUAGAAGCCUGGAGAUCUCGUAUCCUAAUACUACUCAAGACGGUACUGACAUUUUUACCUAUGCCCUCGCGCAGGUCCCACCGAGCUGGACUCUUAACAAGAAGAAAGUUGUCAACGGCCUCGAAGAUGUCCCUUGUCUCGAUGUCAACAUUACCGCUGAUGGGUUGGUAAAACAGCCCGUCAUUUACGGCGCUACUGUUGAGGACAACAGAGUGUACAACGUCUCUUACAUUGUUCCUUCCAACUUCACGGGUAUACCCAAGAUGUCAUUCAGCUUCAAGUAUACUUGUUGA